GACAGCCAGCAGCUGGGGCAAGAGGGAGGCUUCAGAAGAAAACUGUCCCUUCCAGAACACGGCCGGAGCGGAAAGCAGCUCCGCCCAUGCCAUGAUGCACCAGUCGGAGAGCGCAGCGGCGGACAGGAAGAUGGCGCACCCGCUCUACCCCCGGCGGAGCAGCACCAACGACCCGCCGCCGCCCCCGGCCUCCACGCCAGGCCCAGGCUCCGGCGGGGCCUCGGCCUCUCCCUCGCUGGGCGGCCUGAUGGGGCAGCCGGCUCCGACGCGCCCGCACCCGGACGACGCUCUGCGCCCGCCGGCCCUGGCGGCUUGCUCCUCCGGGCCGGGUGCCGGCUCGGUGCCGGUGCCGGCCCCGCCGCUGACUCUCAGCCUCCACGGGCCUGGGGCCGUGGCCCUUCCUCCUCCCGGCCCCGCGGCGGUGGUGGCCCCCGCCGGUGCCGGCUCGAUGGCCGGGGCCCAGAUGAAGAAGAAGAGCGGCUUCCAGAUCACCAGCGUGACCCCGGCGCAGAACAACGCCGGCUCCAACAACAGCAUCGCCGAGGACACCGAGAGCUACGACGACAUGGACGAGUCCCACACCGAGGACCUCUCGUCCUCCGAGAUCCUCGACGUCUCCCGGGCCACCGACUACGAGCCGGAGCGCAGCUCCUCCGAGGAGACCCUCAACAACGUGGGCGACGCCGAGACCCCCAGCGCCCUGUCCCCCAACCAGCCUCGCCUGCCCCCCCACCAGCCGGCUCUCUUCAACGGCAGCAUCCACGGCCUGCACCCGCCCCCUGCUCACCACCACCACCCGACCCAUCACCAUCACCACCACCACCACCCCCUUCACCACCACCACCCUGCCAUGCUGGCGGGCCCAGGGAUGGCCGGCGCUGUGCCUUCAGGAGCGGGGAUCGUGCCUCCUGGCAAUGUGACCGCCGGCGUGGAGAAAAAUGGCACCGGCGUGCCCAUGCCCGGGUUAGUGAGUGGCUCGGUUGGGGCGCCAGUGGCCCUGGCUUCCAGCAUUGGCGCCCCGGCAAAUGCCAGAACUGUAAGCAGUAUGGGGAGCAACGUGAGUGUCGGUGGGACGAGUGCUGGUGCCAAUGCCAGUGUCGUGAGUGGUACGACUGGAGUGAUCGGGGCUGCGUCCAGUACUUCCACCGGUGCAACCGUAGCACAGCAGCCGGCAGCUGGCAGCUCCAGGUUCAGAGUGGUGAAACUGGAUUCCAGCACUGAGCCAUACAAGAAAGGUCGCUGGGUUUGUACUGAGUUCUAUGACAAAGAAAAUGUCACUGUUCUCACCGAAGGCACCUCUGUGAACAGGACGCUGGACAGUGUAAAGCAAGCUUCUGUCACUGAUCCAAAUCUGGAUGGGCAGAGUACGAGUGGAGGGAGUUCGGUAAGCAGCACCUUGAGUGCAGUGGGUUAUUACAUUGAAACUGCUGGUAAUGGGGAACCAGGAUUAGUUCCAGCCCCUCAGCAGCAGGCCUUUCAAGCAUUGUGUAGUCAGCAGUUGGAUUUUAGCAGUGGUGGCCCUCUGGCACAAAGUAUUUCCCAACCACAGCUCUCUCAGUCCCAGCUGCAUUCACAAGAUGUUAUGCAUUCGCAGCAGAAGCCAAGCGCACCCCUCCCUGGUCGAGCCGGAAUCAGUGGUGUUCAACAGACCCCAAUUCAGCAGCAAUUACCAUAUUCUCAGCAACAGCAGCCUUUGCAGACCCUGUCAGCGGGGUCCCAGCCACAGCAACUAUCGUAUCCUCAGCAACAGCCAGCUUCACAGAUGACAACACAGCAUAUUAUGUCAUCAAACACAAGUGCUGUCAUUACAGAAUAUGUGCAGCACCCUCAAAUGCAGCCCUCUGCGCAACCCAUACAGCAGAGCAGUGGUGGGGUUGGAGCAGCAGCCGCACCAUCCGGCCAACCACAACUUGUUCAAGGCCAAGCACAGUCUGUUUUAGCACAAGCACAAUCUGGACAGACACCAGGUCAGCCUGUGGGACAUGUUUCAGCAAUGAUGCCACCUACUGGUGCUGCCAAUGGGCAGCUGGUAACUGGUCAGCAAAGCAAUACAAUUCCUCUGCUGCAACAGUCUUGUUCGCCAUCAAUUAACAAGUCAACACCAAUCAGUUUGCAACCAAGUGCUCCUCCAGCUGCUCAAGCGCAGCAGGUAGGGCAACCUCUGCAGGGCGGGAUGGUACAGCAGCAGGCCAGCGUAUCAGGGCUUGUGCAGCAGGUAACUGUGGCACCACCAAAACAGCAGUUGUCAUCGCAACCACAAGGUCAAGGGGUUGAGUGUAUUAUUCAAAGUGUGAACAAUCAGACAAUAACUGGAAUAAGUUCUACACCAUCUGUUAAUGCCAACCUACCCAGUGUUGGAUCUAAUGUAUCGACUAGUAUACCAACUGGACCUGCAAACACUGUUCCGCAGCAAACCACUACGCAGACCUCCAUGCAGAACAGUUUGAUCCAGAAAGCCAGCCAGCCUUCUGUACCAGCAAAUGCAAGCCUCCCUGUGGUACAAGUGGGGCCACAGAAAAUGGUGCCUGGUUCUGCCCAACACUCUGCUCCCAUCCAGUCACUGUUGAAUGCAGUGGAAGAUUCACGGCAACCUGCAGACCAGCCACCUUUGCAUGUACAGCAGGUAGCUAUUGGAGAAAGUGUACUGAGUGCAGCUUCUGCUCUGGUUCAGGAAAUUGCCAGCAGCGCCAACCUGCCUGCAUCUGCAUCGUUACUUCCUUUAAAGACCCUACCACUGUCUAUGCAACCUGUGGAUGGUGAAGAUGACAGUUCUUCUGGUGCCAGUGUGGUAGCCAUAGACAACAAAAUCGAGCAAGCCAUGGAUCUUGUGAAGAGUCAUUUGAUGUAUGCUGUCAGGGAGGAGGUGGAGGUCCUUAAGGAACAAAUCAAAGAACUGGUGGAGAGAAACUCUCAGUUGGAACAAGAAAACAAUCUGCUGAAGACUCUGGCUAGCCCUGAGCAGUUAGCACAGUUUCAGGCACAGCUGCAGACAACUGGCUGUUCCCCACCAGUGUCUCAAUCUGGACAAUCUACUCAACCCACACCACCAAAUGGGGGAUCAUCAGCUUAAAGGCCUGGCUGUACAAUCCAAUGGAGCCAUCAGGCUUUGCAGAGAAGAGAAAUAAACUGUCAUAUCAAUCAUCAUGUAAUAUUUCAUCGCACACCAACAAUUCCAAAUUGGUUAUGGGAACUAGAGUUGUAUAAAUUCAGAAAGAAACUCUCUUCAGUAUUAAGACAGUCGUCUUUGGCUAAAGGAGUUUGCUUUGAGGGUGUGAAAUGAAAGCCUUGUCCUCUCAAAGAGAGUGGUUGUAUGCACAGGAGAAGAAAAGCAGCCAUGCAGAUCUGAGUGCUGGUUACCGAUCAUUGCUCAUGCUGUGAAAAUGCAUGCAGUUUUCUUUCAUUCAGCACACCUGUAUCUGUGUGUGCAUGUGUGUAUAUGUAUGUGUGCACCAAUAUAACUGCUUCCUGACAAGGUUGAGGAAGAAGUGGAUCAGAGGCAAUCAGAUACUGACUGGAGAGUCUGAGAGGGCCGUGCCCUCCUUUACACUGCUGUAGACCACUUUGAUUUCUAAAUGAGUUAUGAAGACAAAACGGGAGUAUGAAGGCAAAGCUGAACAGUAUUUAACUUGAACUAUAGAACUGUCACCUUGGACCUUAAAUUGACAAGAUUGCUAUGUUUACACUGCUUUUCCAAGAGCUGGAGAGGUGUAGAUUUUUUUUCCAAGUUAGAUGUGACUCUAAAAAGUUUGGACAAUCCAAAACAUUGUCCUCUAAUGUAUAUUGUGUACGUAGUGUAAGUAUUGUGUAAUAUAGAGCUGUAUCUAUUAGGUUGUACAGAUUGAAAACUUGCUGUUUCACUGAUCCAAUUGCAUUUGGACAUUUUUUAUGCUGUUGAACAGAAAUGGCAUUUGUGAACAAUUAUGCUGUCCUCAGACAUAGCAGGGCUGAAAUAAUUUUUUUUGUAAGUAAAUGGUACGUGACUGGUAAUUAUAGAAAGUACGUGGUCCACUGGUCUCAUUUCAUAUAUCUAUCAACACUAAGUAGUGGCAAAUGCUACACAGUAGUUGUAGUGAUAGAAGUGGUCUCUUGGUCAGAGGAAGCACUGAGAGAUGAGAAUCUAUGGGCUCCAGUGGAAUUGAUUCUUUUUGAUGCUUCAUAGACCUUAGCUGUUGGUUCAAUGGUCCAUUGGUCUGUCAAAUCUAUGCUGUAAUGGUCUGGUUAGAUUCCUUAGGAUCCAGAACCAAUGGAUUCAACAGCCUACGUAUGUUUGCUUCUAACUGGCUGUUGAAUACCUUCAACAACAAUGUACUUGCCAGUAGUACAGCAUUUGUAACACCAACAAAAAAAGAUUGUGUUUUGACAAUUAAGCACUCCAGACCCAAAACCUCCGUUAGAAGCUCUGAUUCCUGCUAUGGAUUUCACAUUAACAGUAAUAGUGUUGCUUAUGUUCUGAUGCAUGUUCUGAAACAGUUGUAACACAUUCAGUUAUACUCGACUGCGGCACAACUUCGAAACUUUCAAUAAACUCAAGUUGGUAAAUAACAA